CUCAAUUACUGGGGCUGUCAACUCCUUCAACUUGUAUUUCUCUUCCAUUAUGAGCAGACCAGCUCUGAUGCACAGCUCUGUGGCUUUCUGUAGCAUUCUCUUCCUCCCCUUAGCCAUACAAUGUCUGGCUUUCCCCAAAGUAGAAAAGAUGGAGGUAUCAAAUGCUUAUACAGAGGAAGAGCAGCCUCAGAAGAUGGACACAGGUGACCAAGAAAACAUCUCCUUUGCUCCAAAGUACAUGCCCCAGCAGAUGUCCUCUGAAGCUCCAAUGACCCUGGCACCCACUUCUAGUACUCAUUCUAUUUUAGAAGGGAUCACAGAUGUAACAUGUGACUUCCUGAAGUUUGUGGAUUAUCAGUUGUUUGCAUCUGAAAGUCAGGAAGCAGUUUGUUUGGGAAAUACACCUCCAUCCUAUAUAACUACCAAAGAAAUGCUAACUGUCAAUCCAAGAACUGAGGAAGUUAAAACAGAUGCAGCCGAGAAGAUGACUUCCUUUCCUGGUGUUGAUUCCACAGCAGACACAGAGCCUGAUGGGGAGAGGCCCUCAGAGAAGCCGGCUGACAAACCCCAGACCACUGCCACCAUACAUUUAGUGGCAACCCCAGAGGAUAUUUUGGAUAUUGAUCCAACAGCUGACAGUCUCCUGGGGUAUCUCAAGGUCACAGUGAGUGUCAGCACAGCUGUUCCAUCAUCACUCAGAAAUGAUAAUGGCCACUCAAGAACCAGACACUCCUCGGUGACACAAAGACAUACUGAGGUUCCCAGAGGCUGUGGGGAGCCUAAAGAAGACAUAUCAACCCCCUUUCCUGUGUCUGCUGAUGUGGGUGCCACUGAGCUAUCCAGAAGAUGGGAGUCUCUGGCCACUCCAGCCUCCACCACUGUUGUCCCUCUGCCUCUUCUAUGGAAGGUCAUUAGGGAAUGUGGCUUCAGUGUUUGA